AUGAUAUUCAAGAAGCAGAGGUGCUCUGGCCGACCUACUGAUGUUGAUGAGCUGAAAGAAAGGGAUGCAAAACUUGAAGAAGCUGGUGAUCUUCACCGUUUCCUGAGGGAUCUAGACCAUUUCCAGGCUUGGUUAACAAGAACACAAACUGAUGUUGCUUCCGAAGAUACCCCUUCCAGUCUUACAGAAGCUGAGAACCUCAUCACUCAACAUCAGCAGAUCAGAGAAGAGAUUGAUAACUAUACUGAGGAUUAUAACAACAUGAUGGAAUAUGGAGAAAAAAUAACCAGAGAUCAAACUGAUGCUCAGUACAUGUUCCUCAGAGAGAGAUUACGAGCUCUUCAAGAUGGGUGGACUGAACUUCUUCAGAUGUGGGAGAAUAGGCAAAUGGUUUUAUCUAAUAGUCUGGAUCUCCAAAUAUUUAUGAGAGAUGCAAAACAAGCAGAAGUUUUGCUUAAUCAACAGGAGCAUUAUUUAUCAAAAGAUGAAACUCCAACCAACUUGGAGCAAGCUGAAUGUCUCAUUAAACAGCAUGAAACAUUUCUUACCACUAUGGAAGCAAAUGAUGAGAAAGUCAAUGCUGUAAUCCAAUUUGCUCAAAGAUUAUGUGAGGAUGGUAAUUUUGCUGCAGACAAAAUUCACAAAAAAGCUGAAAAUAUGGCUGAAAGGUGUAAUGCAAAUCAUGAACGAGCAGCCCAACGCAUGGAAAAAUUAAAAGAUCAGUUACAACUUCAUCAUUUCCUGCAGGACUGCAAGCAGCUCUCUGAAUGGACUCAGGAGAAAUAUAUUACAGCACAAGAUGACACAUACCGUAGUGCAAAAACUAUUCAUAGCAAAUGGACUAGACAUCAGGCAUUUGAAGCUGAAGUUGCUGCUAACAAAGAACGCCUGAGAAAGCUUCAACAGAGUGGAGAAGAACUUGUAGUUGAGAAAAGGGAAUGGGCAUCCACUAUUUAUCCCCAGCUUCAAGAACUUGAGCAGCAGUUUGAAGCAUUAGAAAAUGCUACAAAAGAAAAGGGAGAAAGGCUAUUUGAUGCAAACCGUCAAGUUCUUUAUAUGCAAACUUGUGAUGAUAUUGAUAAUUGGAUCACAGAACUGGAAAAUCAAGUUUUGACAGCUGAAACAGGGCAAGAUCUUACUAGUGUCAAUCUGAUUUUACAAAAACAGCAGGCUGUUGAGACACAAAUGGCUUUGAAAGCAAAGCAGGUCACAGAGUUGGAAAACCAAGCACAAUACUUAGAACAAAUGGUACCAGAAAAAACUGAUGAAAUUGAAUUUAAAAAGGCCUAUGUUGAAGAGAGAUUCAAACGUUUGCAAGCUCCCUUGACAGAACGCAAAAAGCAGUUGAUGAAGAAGAAAGAGGCCUAUCAGUUUUGCCGAGAUACAGAAGAUGAAAAAUUGUGGAUUCAAGAAAAGAUGCCUUUAGCUACAUCAUCUGAAUAUGGUAAUAGUCUUUUUGGUGUCCAGAUGCUAAAGAAGAAAAAUCAAUCACUUCAAACUGAAAUAGACAACCACGAGCCAAGAAUAGUAUAUGUUUGUGAUAAUGGAAAUAAACUAAUUAGUGAAAACCAUGAAGAUUCUGCAAAAUUUAAGCGUCUUAUUUCCGAACUUCAAUGUUUGUGGUUGGAAUUGAAGAGUGCUCUGCAGUACCGCCGUAUUAAAUUAGAAGAAUCAGAAAAAGCACAACAGUAUUUCUUCGAUGCAUCUGAAGCAGAAUCUUGGAUGAGUGAACAAGAGCUCUAUAUGAUGUCAGAAGACAAGGGCAAGGAUGAAAUAAGUGCCCAAAACUUGAUGAAGAAACAUGCUAGUUACGAAAAUGAAAUUGACAAUUACCAUGAAACUGUUAUGCAACUUGGAGACAUAGCCAAACAAUUAGUUGCUACUAAGCAUCCUAAAAGUGAUGAGAUUAUUUUGAGGCAAGCUCAGCUAGAUAAGUUGUAUAGUGGACUGAAAGAUCUUGCAUUGGAAAAGCGUAAGAAACUGGAGGAGGCUUUGCAGUUGUUUGGUCUCAACAGAGAAGUUGAUGAUCUGAUGCAGUGGAUAGCAGAGAAAGAAGUAAUAGCUGGAUCUCAAGAACUGGGGCAAGAUUAUGAUCAUGUUACUAUGCUUCGAGCUCGAUUCAAAGACUUUGCAAAGGAAACAGAAUCGAUUGGUCGAGAGCGAGUAUCUAAAGUGAAUUUCCAUGCAGAUAAAUUAAUAACUGCACACCAUGCAGACAGUGCUACUAUUGCUGAAUGGAAAGACAUGCUUAAUGAAGCUUGGGCUGACCUGCUUGAACUCAUACAAACUAGAACACAAAUGCUUAAUGCUUCUUGGAAACUGUACAGAUUUUUCUAUGAUUGUGCAGAUGUGUUAAGCCGAAUUGCGGAAAAACAAAAUUCUAUGCCUUAUGAACUUGGUCGAGAUGCUGUUAGUGUUUCCAGUCUGCAGAGAAAGCACAUCGGUUUUGAACAUGACCUUCAAACUUUAGGAUCAGCAGUACAACAAAUACAAGAUGAUGCUGUAAAGUUCAGUUCUAUAUAUGCAGGCGAUCGAGCAAAUGAAAUCAGCAGUAAAGUUUCAGAAGUUGUUAAUGCUUGGCAAAAACUUCUACAUAUGUGUGAGACAAGAAGAGAGAAACUGGCUGACACUGGUGAUCUUUUCCGUUUCUUAAACAUGGUGAGAGAUCUAAUGCAGUGGAUGGAAGAAACUGUUAGACUGAUGAAUACUUCAGAAAAGCCAAGAGAUGUUUCUGGUGUAGAACUAUUAAUGAACAACCACCAGAGUUUAAAAGCUGAAAUUGACACCAGGGAAGAUAACAUAUCUGUCUGCAUUAAUCUGGGCAAAGAAUUACUUGCUAGAAAUCAUUAUGCUUCAAAUGAGAUUAAAGAAAAACUUCUUUCACUAACCACCCAACGAACUUUAAUGAUGGAUCGCUGGGAAGAGAGAUGGGAGCAUUUGCAACUUAGUAA